AUGAAACUCUUCGUUGCCGUCAUUGCCCUCGCCUCCAUGGCCAUCUUGGCUGUCUCUGCCGAAGAUAAAUACACCACCAAAUACGAUAACGUAGAUGUCGAUGAAAUUUUGAAAUCCGAUCGUCUAUUCAAAAAUUACUACAAUUGCCUGAUCGAUCAGGGCAAAUGUACCCCAGAUGCCCGUGAACUGAAGAAGUCGCUGCCCGAUGCCCUGAAAACCGAAUGCUCCAAGUGCAGUGAGAAACAACGUCAAAAUUCCGAUAAGGUCUUGCGUUACAUCAUCGACAACAAACCCGAAGAAUGGAAGGUGUUGCAGGCUAAAUACGAUCCCGAACAGACCUAUUACAACAAAUACAAGAUUGAGGCCGAGAAGCGUGGCAUUAAAAUCUAAAUUAUUUCCCGCACCACACCACACCACACCGCACCC